AUGCAAGAGGAGUUUGACGCCCUGUUGCGCAACCGGAUGUGGCAGCUUGUUCCCCGUCCCCGGCACGCCAACGUGAUUACCGGGAAGUGGGUCUUUAAACACAAGCUCCGUCCUAAUGGUACUCUUGAUCGCUACAAAGCGCGCUGGGUCGUUGAUGGCUUCCGACAGUGUGCUGGCAUCGACUUCACCGACACCUUCGCUCCGGUCAUCAAGCCCGGCACGAUACGCACGGUUCUCCACCUUGCGGUCUCAUGUGCUUGGCCGGUGCACCAGAUGGACGUCUCCAACGCCUUCCUCCAUGGUCACCUCGAGGAGCAGGUCUUCUGCCAGCAGCCCACCGGGUUUGUUGACCCGGCGCUUCCCGACCACGUGUGCCUGCUUUCGCGGUCCUUAUACGUUGGAGACGUAUCACGCAUCGCGGCGUUUCUACACCAGCUUGGGUUCCGUUCCACCCGCUCGGAUGCGUCGCUCUUCGUCUAUCAUCAGGGCUCUGACACGGCCUACUUGCUGCUCUAUGUCGACGACAUCAUCCUGACGGCAUGUACAGCUGGCCUCCUCAGCCAGCUCAUUGAUCGUCUUCGCGCUGAGUUCGCCAUCAAGGACUUGGGUCCUUUGCACUACUUCCUCGGUGUUGAGGUGGUGCGAUGUCCGGAUGGCUUCUUUCUUCAUCAGCGGAAGUACACUCAUGAGCUCCUGGAUCGUGCUGGCAUGCUUAACUGCAAGCCCACCGCUACGCCUGUUGAUACGAAGGCGAAGCUCUCUGCCUCGGAUGGUUCUCCCGCUUCGGAUGCUGCAUUCUACCGAUCCAUCGUUGGUGCUCUCCAGUAUCUCACUCUGACUCGACCGGAGAUUCAGUACGCCGUACAGCAGGUGUGUCUUCAUAUGCAUGCUCCUCGGGAUGUUCACUGGGCCGCUGUCAAGUGGAUUCUUCGCUAUGUCUGCGGCACUAUGGAGCUCGGCAUCACGCUCUCCGCCUCCACCGACACUGCCCUCACCGCCUAUGCCGAUGCAGACUGGGCGGGCUGCCCUAACACUCGUCGCUCCACCUCGGGCUAUUGUGUCUUCCUUGGACCAUCACUCAUAUCAUGGUCGCCCAAGCGGCAGCCUACGGUCUCUCGCUCCAGUGCUGAGGCUGAGUAUCAUGCGGUGGCCAAUGUCAUCAUCGAGUGUUCGUGGCUUCGCCAGUUGCUCCAGGAGCUCUCUUGUCCCGUGGAUCGUGCUACGGUGGUCUACUGCGACAACGUCUCGGCUGUCUACCUCUCCGCCAACCCGAUAUCAUGA